AUGAAAAGGAGCAUCAAAAGCAUCGCUUUCUUUUGUCCGUUUUUCUCCCUACUCUUGUCGUUGGAUCUCGUUCCAAGAAUCGAUGCCGCGAUACACGCGUACGAAGAUUCGUACUUCUUUUCAGUGAACGACGCGUUCAUAUACCGAGGCGGGCGAGAAGGCUUGUUCAAAUCGUCCGAAGAUGAUGAUACUUAUGACUUUUCAGAUUGGGGCGUGAAACGACCGGCGGGAUUAGCCAACGGGAAGAGUUACAUUCGGUUCAAUAAAGUCGCCUUUCGAAGGAGUUUAGAAGACGUUUCGGAGCAGGAGGAGGAAGAUGAGAAUACUACGAACAACAACGAGAACAACAACAACUAUUCGGGGGUAGUGCAAGCGGUGGUGUUCGAAGUGAACGACCGAGACUUGGUCGGGUACGUCACCGAAGACGGCGGACGGCGGUAUUGCUGCGACGAAGCGUUGGCGAAAACGAGCGGGUGUUCGCCGGGGAGAGUCAUCGUGCGACCGAAAAAGGAGAUGCAAGAACAAAUCGAUGAAGACACGAAGGAGAAGAAACUGGUGGAGGUGGAAAACGUGGAUUGGCCGUGGGUGACGGACGCGUAUUUUGAAGGCAAAAAUGAGUUGGAAUCGAGGACGGUGGACGACGCGGUGAGCAUCGAAGAGACGGGGAUGUAUUACUUGUGGUUUGUGAUUUGCGACCCGAAGUUGGCCGGGACGACGGUGAACGGACAAACGGCGUGGAAAAAUCCGAGCGGGUAUUUACCCGGGAUGAUGGCGGCGAAUUUGCCGUUUUAUUUGUUCUUAUCGUUGGCGUAUUUAGCGCUCGGAAUUUGUUGGGCGGUGAACUGCGCCGUCAAGUGGAAGUAUCUGAUGCAAAUCCAUCACUCGAUGACGUUUGUCGUCUCCUUAGGGAUGAUUGAAACGUGCGUGUGGUAUUACGAUUACUCGAAUUUCAACACGACUGGAUUUCGUCCGUAUUUCGUGACUAUUUUUGCAGUCGUCGUAUCGGCCGCCCGGAAAGCCGUUUCCAGAGCGUUGGUCUUAGUCGCCUCCAUGGGCUACGGCGUCGUUCGACCGACUUUAGGCGGAUUCGCGCCAAAAGUACUCGCAUUAUCCGGGGCAUAUUUCAUCGCCAGCGCGACUUUAGACGUCGUCGCGAACGUAGGUGCUAUCGAUGAUUUAACGUCUGGCGCGAGAGUGUUUUUGGUUUUACCCGUGGCUGCGUUAGACGGCGCGUUCAUCUUGUGGAUUUUCACGAGUUUGAGUAAAACGUUGGCGCAGUUGCAACAAAGAAGGCAAAUGGCCAAGUUGAGUUUGUACCGAUAUUUCACCAACGCGUUAGCUUUAUCCGUGGUUUUAUCGUUCGUGUGGGUGGUGUACGAGAUGUGGUUUAAAGUCACCGACGCGUUUAACGAGAAGUGGGAAGCCGAUUGGAUCACCGCGGCGUUUUGGCACGUCUUGAAUUUCGCCUUGACCGCGGUCAUUUGCUUUUUAUGGCGACCGAUGGAACCGGAGAAGUUUGUAGGGAAUAAAAGUGGGAGCGUGGAUGCGAACGAUUCUUUUUGGACGGAAGAGGAGAUGAGCGCGGUGGAUAACGAAUUAGCUGAAGCAGCCGGGCACCACGAGUUAGGCGGAGAUUCGGACGACGACGAGGAAGGAGGAGGAGGAGGAGGAGGAGGAGGAGGCAAAAUGGAAUGA